AAACAAAGAGGCUUAGGAAAAUAAGAAAACUGUAAAACUCUUUUGAAGUUGACCUCGCUCAUCGGUGUUGGUGGGUCAACAUUAUACAACUACUAGUGCCUAGUAGGACAGGUACAUGUCUAUUCCAAAAAUCCAAAUACCGCUUAGUGCUCUCACCAACUCUUUAUCCACUUCUCCUAUAUAAAUAAAUACCAUCCUCAGCCCAUUUCUCUUCUUCAAAUAUCAAACUUUUCAUUUUCAAGAUAUUCAAUUUCAAACAAUCAAAUAAAUGGCCAUCCGUAUUGAUGAUGAAGCCCCUAUCCAUGGAGAUGUAUUAGAAACUAUUCUUUCACACGUGCCACUUAUUGACUUAGUUCCUGCUUCAUACGUGUCAAAAUCGUGGAGCCAAGCUAUUACUUCUUCUCUCCGAUGCUUCAACAAGCCGAAGCCGUGGCUCAUUAUCCACACUCAAUGCACUCGCUCUCCUUAUGACAUUUCUGUACAUGCGUAUGACCCCCGUUCACACGUGUGGAUCAAGAUAUCUCAACCGUCCAUUAAGUACGUCUCCGCACUACGAUCAUCUCAUUCAAAUUUAAUCUACAUGCUUUCUCCAUCGAAACUCUCCUUCUCAUUUGAACCCAUGAAUCUCACGUGGCAUCACGUGGAUGCCCCGCAAGUAUGGCGGACCGAUCCUAUCGUAGCUCACGUAGGUGGCUCCGUUAUUAUAGCCGGUGGCACGUGCGAUUUCGAAGACGAUCCGCUAGCUGUGGAAAUAUACAACGCGGAGACUCGCACGUGGGAAAUGUGCGAGUCAAUGCCCGAUAUAUUAAAAGAUUCUGCAGCUUCUACUUGGUUAUCAAUCGCCACAACGGGCGACAAACUCUACAUUUCCGAGAAAUUUACAGGUGUCACUUACUGCUUUGACCCGAAAACCAAGAAGUGGUCUGGACCUUACGAGCUAAGGCCCGAACCACGUAUUUUCCACUCGAUAGUCGGAUUUUCAAAUAACCGUUUGAUCCUUAUUGGCAUGAUCGGGGACACUGAAAAUGUGACUGGAAUUAAAAUUUGGAAAGUGGACACGCAGAGUUUCGAGUGCCAUGUAUUGGGGGAAAUGCCAUCGGCGUUAAUUCAGAAGGUUCAGAGUGAAACAUUCGGAGUUUCAUCCAUCACUGUGUGUUUAGCUGGAGAUUAUGCUUACAUGAGUAAGUCGUCAGAGGUGGCGGAGGAGAUAGUGGUCUGUGAGUUUAAAAAUGGUGGCGGAUUACGGUGGUGGAGCAUGAAAAAUGCGGCUGCCGGUGAUGGAAAUAGAUCGGAGAGAGUGGUGUUUACUUGUUCGGUUAUUGGGUUAGGUAAUUUGAAGCGAGCUGUGUCAUCGGAAAAUCGGAAAUUUGCUGUCAAGUUGUGAAAAUUUGACGCAUGGACUAUUUGUUUUCAUGUUUUUAUUUUGGCAUUAAAGCUGUAAUUUAUUUCAUUGCUGCCAUUUUUUCUGUCGUUGUUGUCUCCUAAGUACUUUUUUUUUUUUU